AUGACGGACGUCUCACCCGAAUUGGUGCAAGCGCUCUCGAGUCUUCUCGCCAACGCGAUUCAGGCGUCUACGGCGAACAUAGCCGCUUCUUCGGGCGCCGAAACAGUGAGUUCAUCAGGGUUACCCCUAGCAGCGUCGUUUAAAACACCGACUUUCACGGUACCGGAAUAUCACUCGACGGACGGAACAACAGUCUGCGAUUACUUUCAGCGUUUCGAUUGGGCUCUUCAGUUAAGUAAAAUUCCUGUUGAUCUACAUGCGACAUACGCUCGAGUGUAUAUGGGGGCUGAAUUAAAUAACGCCCUAAAGUUUUUAGUUAGUCCACGCUCGCCUGAGAAUUUCACGUACGACGAGAUACAAACAGCGCUCGUGAAGCAUUUUGAUCGUGCAAGAAACAAGUUUGCAGAGAGUAUUAAGUUUCGCCACAUCGUACAAAGCGAAGAUGAGACAGUCGCUAGUUUUGUACUUCGCCUUAGGCGGGGUGCAGUCUAUUGCGAUUACGGCGCUUUCCUAGAUCGAAUGCUGAUUGAGCAGUUCUUGUGUGGGCUGAAAUCCAAGAAGAUGUGUGAUGAGAUCAUCGCAAAAAGUCCAGUGGCGUUUUCCGAAGCAUAUGAAAUUGCGAAUUCUCUUGAGGCAACGCGGGUCACAGCGGACACCAUUAAAACGACUCCGGCUGGACCAAACAGUGGUAUUCAGAAGCUAAGCGUAGUUCCAGUUAAAGUGAAACACAGUAGGAAACAACCUCGCACCCGAUCGUUAUCUCGCGGUCGAGGAAGUCAAGGCGCGCACCCAAAUACACGCAAGGGCCAAAACAAGGGUCAGUCCCCCUGCAAUGGGUGUGGUGGUCCACACAGACGGGAUCAGUGUAAAUUCCGUGAUGCUACGUGUCACAGUUGCCAAAAGAAAGGACACAUUGCGAAGGUGUGCAGGGCCAGGAGAUCAACGGAAACCACAGAUCAGGUGGCAGUAUCCUCACAACCGGCAGAGCAUGUCGAUACUCUUCAGUCAAUUAAUACGGUUCAGGUGAAAGAGCCAGCCGAUGCGAUGCGUAAACGAGUACUAAGUGUGAAAAUUGAUGGCCGACUUGUAGAUAUGGAACUUGAUACGGGAGCACCGUGUAGCGUAAUCAGUGUACAGACUCUGCGUUCAAUUAAACCGCAUUUUACUUUGCAGGCCACCACUCGACGCUUUGCUAGUUAUACAGGCCAUGCUGUUAGUUGCAUCGGGCGUGUUUUAGUCAACGCGACAAUCGGCUCGACAACCAGGAGACUGUACCUGUACGUGGUCGAGGGUCUAUUUGAUACUCUUCUUGGAAGAGAGUGGAUUUCACAUUUUGCCAGUGAAAUAGACUUUAAGGAUCUCUUUUCGGAGUCGACUGGGGUCCAUGCGUUGUCCGUUGCCGCGCCACAAUUGUCGACAGCCCAACAUAAUCGCUUGAGCCAGCUACUUUGUCGUUAUGAGGACGUUUUCAGUGAGGUGCCGGGAAAGCUUGUUGGUCCGCCAGCCAAGGUGCAUUGGAAACAAGGAGCAUCACUUGUUUUUGCUAGAGCGCGUGAAAUACCGCUUGCGUUACAAGAUGCUUACGCCAAGGAAAUUGAUGCUAAGAUUGCAUCAGGUUUUUACGAACGGGUUGAGUAUUCAGAGUGGGCAUCGACUACCCACGUAGUAGUCAAAAGUAAUGGCAGGUUACGAAUCACCGGCAAUUAUAAGCCGACACUGAAUCCGUAUAUGAUCGUGGAUGAGCAUUCUAUUCCGCGAGCCGAUCAUUUUUUUCAUCGAAUGAGAGGCGCAACUCUCUUCUGCCACUUGGAUAUUACAGAUGCGUACACGCAUUUACCUGUAGACAGUGAGUUCAGCCAAGCGUUAACAUUAAACACACCAACACAUGGAUUAAUACGACCCAAACGUGCGGUCUAUGGUGCGGCUAAUAUACCUGCAAUCUGGCAACGCCGUAUGGAAACCGUUUUGCAAGAUCUGCCCAAUGUUUUAAGUUUCUUUGAUGAUAUACUCGUAUUUGCAGAAGGAUUCGAAAACCUCUUGUCUGCUCUAGACACCACACUGGAACGAAUUAAAGCCCAUGGUCUUAAACUGAACCGGAAGAAGUGCGUGUUUGCAGCACCGUCGGUGGAGUUCCUGGGACAUAAAAUAGACGCCAGCGGCAUACAUAAAUCAGAUAAGCAUAUUGCAGCCGUCAGAGACGCGCCUAAGCCGUCUACCCGUGAGGAAUUGCAGUUAUUUUUGGGUAAGGCUACCUAUUACAGCUCUUUUAUCCCAAAUUUGUCAACGCAAGAUCGACCUUUGAGAGACAUGUUACGGACGGANUCACUUGUGUGGUCUUCAGCAGCGAAUAAGGCAUUUCACGAUAUCAGAGAGGCUCUUAUUUCCGAACAAGUUCUUAUGCCUUACGACCCAAAGCUACCACUUGUACUAGCAACAGAUGCAAGCAAAACAGGCCUAGGUGCAGUCCUGUCUCAUCGACUGAGCAAUGGUCUGGAACGGCCUAUUGCCUAUGCAAGUCGAACAAUGACGUCGACUGAACAGCGCUACCCUCAGAUUGACAAGGAGGCGUUGGCAAUAGUGUGGGCGGUACAAAAGUUCUUUCAUUACUUGUAUGCACGCCACUUCACACUCAUUACGGAUCACAAGCCUCUAGUGCAAAUCCUCCAUCCAACAAGAUCUCUACCGGUUUUGUGCAUCAGUCGUAUGGCAAAUUACGCAGAUUACCUUGCGCACUUUAAUUACGAUGUCAUGUUUAGACCAACUAAAGCCCAUACUAAUGCAGAUUACUGCUCGCGCUUACCGUUGUUACCCACAACCAGUGCAGUGCACUCACUAACUAUCGAGAAGCAGCCGGAAACGAUCGAUGAUGUUCUCACAUCGUUUGUCCUUUGUCAAGUUAAUCAGUUGCCGGUACGAGCAACUCACGUCGCACGCAAGACGAAGAAGGAUGUCGAGUUGGGAAAGUUAGUUCGACUACUGGAGGAAGGUUGCGACUUGGGCCGUUAUGGAUAUAAGGCACCAGAAGCGAACUAUACAUUGGUCUCUGGUUGUUUGAUGUUCGAGCAUCGGGUGGUGAUUCCACCGUCGUUACAGCAGGCAAUCCUGUGUGAUCUCCAUUCAGCACAUGUCGGGAUUGUCAAGAUGAAAGGCAUUGCUCGUUCCUUCGUCUAUUGGCCUGGUAUUGAUAGAGCGAUUGAACAGAGUGUCAAGUCCUGUGGGGAGUGUGCGAAACAUGCUAAUACGCCAACACGGUUUCUGGAUCAUCAUUGGGAGUACCCAAAGAGCCCGUGGGAACGGGUUCAUGUUGACUAUGCAGGACCAGUUGCGGGCUCGAUGCUGUUGGUAAUUGUCGACGCCUACAGCAAGUGGCUUGAGGUUAAGCCUACCAAGUCUACUACUACGCAGGCUACNGUUCAACUCCUGGAUGAAUUGUUCUCAACAUAUGGGUCACCAGUUACCAUUGUUUCAGAUAAUGGUACUCAGUUUACAGCUGGUGAGUUCAGUCAGUUCCUCAAGCAAAGCGGAGUAAAGUACCAUAAGCGAACAGCUCCGUAUCAUCCUUCGACGAAUGGCCAAGCUGAGAGGUACGUGUAA